UUUUCUUUCGCAAAGUUUAAGAUUCCAAAUCAGUUAUUUAUAGAAACUUUGAUUCAGAAAACACCACUACUGAAUCAAGAACUUUCCUUUUUCAAGAAUGUUACAAUUAUUGUCACUUUGUUCAAUAUGAUUGCUGCCCUUUUUCUACUUCACAGCUUCUUUUCUUCAGUUGAAAGGUAUACGAAGGAAGCAGAAGAGAUUCGCCAUGCUAUGUUCCCUGUGGAGCUAAUUAAAAGAGUGAAGGAAAUCCAGAAAGAAGCAUAUGUCGAAACAGAUCCCGUCCAACAGAAGGAUGCAAAGCAGACUGCUGCAGUAGACCUCAUAUCUAGACUGAACAAUUAUCGGUCCUAUUCUGAUUCAGGCAGUGUGAAAGUUCGGGAGGAAUGGCGUAAGCGAAAGAUGGAAAGAGCCAGGCAGCGUGAACUUGAAAAGAAUGGAACCACCAUCUGACAGUCCUAAAUCGUUGAGGGGGUUAACAGCAACUCAACAAAGGGGUCUUUUGAUCGAUACGGCUUGUAAUAUCAGGUCCAUCAGCUGUAUACGUGUGUGCGCUAUUAUAACAGCUUUGUAUGUAUUAUCAUGUAUCCAGAUUCUGCAGCAAGAGAAUAUUUUAUGCCAGAUAACAUGUAAAGUUUCUCUAUGUAGUAGAUGCUAGUGCUUUGACAUUAACCUUGGCCUGUCCGUACAAUUUACUUGUACUAUAGCACCCUGCAAUUGCUCUCAGUUCUUGUUAUACCUUUGCUUUUACCUACAGAAUACAAGUUAGCUAUAUUUGCCCUUGAUAA